UUGCCACGGGCAUGUUUUAUGGCCCGGAUGCAUACUUCACGUCCGGCUGGAAUAUAAUGGAUGGAUCUUUGGUUACAAUUUCGAUAAUUGAUUUGUUAAUGUCAUUGAUUAGCGAGUCGAGCCCGAGGAUAUUUGGGAUUUUAAGGGUGUUUCGUCUACUUCGUUCCCUACGGCCGCUGCGUGUGAUCAACCGAGCGCCGGGUCUGAAACUAGUCGUUCAAACGCUCUUAUCAUCCCUGCGUCCCAUCGGGAACAUCGUGCUGAUCUGUUGCACCUUCUUCAUCAUCUUUGGCAUCCUCGGCGUCCAGCUGUUCAAGGGCACCUUCUUCUACUGCGAGGGCGAGAACAUUAAGAACGUACGAAACGCCGACGAGUGCCGUCGCAUACCGGGCAACGUCUGGACGAAUCGCAAAUACAAUUUCGAUGACCUCGGCAAGGCGCUGAUGUCCCUCUUCGUGCUCAGCUCCCGCGACGGCUGGGUGAACAUCAUGUACACGGGCCUCGAUGCCGUCGGCGUCGACCAGCAGCCGAUCGUCAACUACAACGAGUGGCGGCUGCUGUACUUCAUAGCGUUCAUAUUGCUGGUCGGCUUCUUUGUGCUGAACAUGUUUGUGGGCGUGGUGGUGGAGAACUUCCACCGUUGCCGCGAGGAGCAGGAGAAGGAGGAGAAGAUCCGGCGAGCCGCGAAGCGAGCGCUCCAAAUGGAAAAGAAACGCCGGCGCAUGCACGAGCCGCCCUACUACACCAACUACUCGCCCACCCGAAUGUUCGUGCACAACGUGGUCACAUCGAAGUACUUUGACCUGGCCAUAGCCGCCGUCAUCGGGCUGAAUGUGGUCACCAUGGCCAUGGAGUACUACAAGAUGCCCAUUCCGCUGCAGUAUGCGCUGAAGAUCUUCAACUACUUCUUCACGGCCGUGUUCAUACUGGAGGCGAACAUGAAGCUGGUGGCACUGGGCUGGCGGCUCUACCUGAAGGAUCGCUGGAAUCAGCUGGACGUGGGCAUUGUUCUGCUCUCGAUCGUGGGCAUUGUCCUCGAGGAGCUGGAGACGAACAUAAUCCCCAUUAACCCGACGAUAAUACGCGUGAUGCGCGUGCUACGCAUCGCCCGCGUCCUGAAGCUACUCAAGAUGGCGAAGGGCAUACGAGCCCUGCUCGACACCGUCAUGCAGGCCCUGCCCCAGGUGGGCAACCUGGGGCUGCUCUUCUUCCUGCUGUUCUUCAUAUUCGCGGCGCUGGGCGUGGAGCUGUUCGGCCGUCUCGAGUGCUCCGACGAGAUACCCUGCCAGGGACUUGGCGAGCAUGCGCACUUCGCCAACUUUGGCAUGGCUUUCCUCACAUUGUUUCGCGUAGCGACUGGCGACAACUGGAACGGCAUCAUGAAGGACACGCUGAGGGAUAACUGCGAUGACGCCGCCGAUUGCGUGCGCAAUUGCUGCGUCAGCUCAUUUAUUGCUCCCAUAUUCUUUGUGAUAUUCGUUCUAAUGGCGCAAUUCGUUUUAGUGAACGUCGUCGUGGCUGUUUUGAUGAAACAUCUCGAGGAGAGCCACAAGCAAAUGGAAGACGAGCUCGACAUGGAGGUGGAGCUGGAGCGCGAGCUGGUGCGCGAACAGGAAUUUGCCCAGGAGCAAAAACUGUGCCAGCAGCUGGCGGAGGCGCAGGCCAAGCUGCCCGCACCGCCCCGACCCCUGGCCAAGGUCAAAUCCCUGCCCAAGAACUUCAUCUACAGCACACCCUCGCUGGACAAGAAGUUCCCCAGCGUCAGUCUCACUGGCAGCACCGCCAACAACAUUGCCGCCGGCGCUGGCCAGCGACGCCAGACCGUGCAAUACUUUAACCAGCAGCAGCAGCAGCAGCAGCAACACCAGCAACACCUGCAGCAGCAACAUCCACAUCCACAUCAACAGCCGCAACAGCAGCCGCAUCAUCUGAGCCUGGCUGAGAUGGGCAGCGCGCUGGCGCCUCAGAGCCUGAGCGCACGGUUGGGGGAGCCCUUCGGGGGCGCUAUGACGGCAGCUGGAAGCGGUCCGGGCUCCGAGCUGCUGGGCUUGCAGCUGCCGCCAUUGGGCCGCCGCGGGCGACGCGCCUCCGCCGCCGCCGGGUUCCGCAAGCGCGGCGUGCUGUCCAAGGAGCGAUCGCUCGACGAGCAGGCCAUCAGGCGACGCAACCUGGAGGCGAAGCGCACCAGUUGCGAUUCGCUGCCCUGGGGCGGCGAUGCGCUCGACUAUAGGCGUGGCACCAUAUUCGAGAGCCUCGAAUCGGAUCCCGCCUCCAGCUAUGACCUGGACGUGCGCAGCAUACGCAGCGCCGAGGUCCCCAGGCCGCGUGACGACGACGACCCGCUGGAGCCGCUGGCUGUGGUCAGUGCUCUGGUCCAGCCGACGGCAACGCCAUCGUCGCCCCCCAUAACAACAGCCACGCCCACGCCAACGCCAACGCCAACAUCUAUGCCCCAGCCCCAGUUACAGUCACAGCCCCAGCCCCAGUCACAACAGCAGCAUCCGCGUCGACCCUUUGGCUGGUCACAGUCGGUGGAUCAGGGCUGCCUGCUGGGCCCCGGCGGACGCAGCAGCUUGCUGCUCUCGGUGCCACGUUCGAUGCCCCCUCGCAGUCGCAGCGGCAGCACGAAGCAGCUCUUCAAGCAGCAGGCGCUCGAUGAGGACGCCGACAUGGAUGAGAACUCGCUGCUGUUGCCCGCCACGCAUCUGGCAGCAACUGUUGCUCCCAGCGCGGAGCAUCCAACGGCAACAGCAACAGCAGCCGCAGCAGCAGCAGCGGCAGCGGCAGCAGCAGCGAGCGACGUUGACGGCGACAGCGAUGCCGUCGACGUCAGCAGCGCAGCGGGCCUAAGCAAAUCCGAUUCAGCGGACAUCAUGCGCAUCAUUAGCGAGCGCAGGCGCAUGGAUCAGCGGGAUCAGUGCGGGAACGAGGACAGCGACUACAAUGAGCUGCUCCUGGUCAAGUCGCCGCAAUCCUCAACGGACUAAGCCCUCGAGAGAGAGAGAGAGAGUUGUCUCUGUCGCUCUCUCACAAUCUCUCUCUCCUCUCUCGCUCUCUCUCACUGUCACUCUGUCAUCCAGUCAUCAUACCUUGAAGCAGGCUUACUAUAAGUAGUUUUAAGCAUUAUCGAUAGACGAUAACACGACAACACAAAGCUCGCCUGUUAGCAUAAGCAUACUAUAGCCAUGUCCGCCCCCCCCCCCCUACCUCUCACACAUCCUGCCCCCUCACUCAACCGCACACAAGCUUGCUGAGAGUGUGUGUUUAUGCGCAUUUGGGUGUUAUCGAUAAACGAUAAGAAACAAGACGCAAGCCUGUACACCUGUUUGUAUACAUAUAUC